AUGGAAGCUCUAAAACAUUUUAGUGCAACCACUAGCCUAGUUGCAAACCUGGAGAAAUCAAACAUAUUUCUAGCCGGAAUGGAUGAUGACACUAAGGCAAGUAUAUUGGCAAGUACUGGUUUCUCAAUAGGUGCACUACCUAUAAGAUACCUAGGACUACCAUUAUCCUUUAAGAAGUGGAAUAAAGUUGAUUGUCAUCAACUGGUGGAUAAGAUCACUAAAAUAAUAACAAAUGGCUACUCAAGGCAGCUUUCGUACGCGGGGUGGCUGCAGAUUAUCAAUGCUGUCCUGUUCUCAAUUUAUAAUUUUUGGGGUGCUGUUUUCAUCCUUCCACAAAGUGUACUGAAAGAAGUAGAUAAGAAGUGUAGAGAAUUCUUGUGGGGGUGUCAGGAGGGACAGAGGAAGGUGUCCUUGGUUGCGUGGGAUAAUGUAUGCGUACCAAAAAAGUAUGGGGGAUUAAAUAUUAAAAGUUGUAGGAUUUGGAACAUAGUAGCGGUUGGCAAGUUGCUAUGGCAACUGGCAAAUAAAGAAGACAUUCUAUGGGUCAAGUGGGUCCAUGAGAUUUAUAUGAAGACAACUGAUAACAUUUGGGAACAUUCUCCACCUCAAAUUUGUAGCUGGUAUUGGAGGAAGCUAAACUCUCUAAAGGAAGUGAUGAUGUAUUGGUAUCAGAAUGAUAUAUAUACGCUGAAUCCAACUGGUUUGUACUCUAUGACUAAUAGUUAUCACGCGAUGCUGGGCACACUACAUAGACUUCCUGAAGCUGAACUAAUUUGGAGUUCAGUAAUGAUGCCUCGGCAUAGGGUGCUGGUUUGGUUAGCUUAUCAAGAUAGACUACUCACCAAGAAGAGAUUACAAAGGCUGAACAUUCCUAUUGAAAAUAUUAAUUGUUGCUUAUGUGAGGAAGGAGUAGCUGAAACACACUAG